AUGGCGGCGGCUCUGUCCGCGCUCGCUGCCAGGCUCUCCCAGUCGGCCGCGGCCCGCUCCUACGGCGUGUUCUGCAAGGGGCUCACCAGGACCCUGCUCAUCUUCUUCGACCUGGCCUGGAAGCUCCGCAUCAACUUCCCCUACCUCUACAUCGUCGCCUCCAUGAUGCUCAACGUGCGGCUGCAGGUCCAUAUUGAGAUCCACUGAUUUGUGACUUGGUGUGCUGCAACUAGAGUCAGUCACACUCUUCUUCAAAUCCAGCCUGUUGUGAAGCAGCAAAGCUGUGCUCGUGUUCUCCAGGAUUAUGAAGAAAGAAGAUUUUACCCAGAAAGGAGUAUGUGACAAUGGCCCAGAUCAYCACAAGCCAGCAGCUCACCUGACACACAUGCAUUCCACGUUGGACAGUUCUCAGAAUCAUAGUAGCAGUUUACAAGAAUUAUCUAACACCAGGAAUUGUUCUCUCUUUAAUCCCAUACCUCUGCCUUCUGCUGGCAAGGAAAUGCCUCUGAGUUUCAGUGAAUCAGCAGGGACAAACUCAAGUGCAGCUGCUCCUUGGAAGGAUUCAUUUCAUCUGCAUUUUUCUUCUGGGAAGGACAGUCUCGAUAGGRUUUCUCUCUGCACUGAUGGUAUUUCAGUUACAGGCUGGCUGGAAGAAGCUCSUAGCAUUUCUGGAGACUUGAGCUCAUGCUGCCCAGGAGACARCUUUGUAUGUUUUGCACAAUUCUGGCUGGGAAAUUUGCAGUGUAAUAAAAACCUGUGGUUUCUGGAAUUAGAAAGGAGCAGUAGCAAAGAGAAUGAAUUGCAGUUUGCAUUUUUUAAAGCUUUGGAGCUUGGUGGACUUGGUGAUCCCUGUUCUAAUCCAGUUGCCUCACUGAACAACUGUGCUGUGGGACUCAUAAAGAACCAGAAACCAUGUUUUUCCCUUUGUUACUCAAACCUUGUAUCUUCAGAGCAAACACUUGGAUACAAGGAAAUGCUUUUGAAUAUACAAUAUGUGACUCAUAAUUUUUACAUCAUACAGCUGGUAAUCUCUGUGCUAGCUUUUGCACUAGCAGGUCUCUGGGUAUGCAGUAGUGAAGGUAAAACACUGAGAUUUUAAUAACUACUAUUUUUAAUAUCAGCAGAAAAUAAGAGAGACAAGGUUACAGUUCAGGUUUUAGUGAGAAGUAGAUAGCUGAAGUAAAAAUUAUAGUUGUGUAAUUGCUAGUUAAACUGGCUGUUGGAAGAACAGGGACUAUUUUUAAUAAGGAAUAUCUGCAUCUGAGUGUAAAGAACUGCAUAAUCUCCAGAGUCUCUGAGACUUCUGCAGGUCUGCUGUUAACACUAAACUAGAACCCAACUUGAUUAGCACAGAGCCUUUGUUUUCUUUAGAGUUUGUAUUAGUGGAGUGUUUUGCCUAUUACUAUUUAUAACCAUUUCCAAUGAAACUUGUUUCUUGUAGAAUUGAAUUCCUGCUCUGAAUCCAACAGCAACUAAYAUAUAAAUCCUUAAAAUACUUUGAACUGGAAAGCUGUUGGGAGGGUGGUCUUCAAUACAGCGUAAUUCUCAGCAGUGUUCCUUUCCAAGGAUGGUGCUGCUCUAAUUUAACAGUAUCUUGUGAGCUUUAUUGUGCUACAAUAGACACUGUAAACAGCUUUCCAAAACAGGUUUUUAUUUCCUUGCAAAAGUGAUUGUUAUUGCUGCAGUAAUAAUUUAAGGGCCUGUUGACCUUGGCUUUGAGACAGAUUUCGGACAAUGAGAUUUGUCAAAGAAUGGGGCAAGAAUGCUAGAAUCCAUAGAGCUGCUGGUGAAUAGAAUUUGGAGAAAUAGGCUCCUGUUGGCACUUCMGUGGAGAAACUCAUUGUGCAGUAGGUCAAACUUUGAACUCAAUGUCCAAAAUUCUCAAUGAGGGCAUUGCUGUAGAUGGGCUUGGUGUGCUCUAAAAGGACACGUAAAGAAGGAGGCAUUGGUGUGUGAGUUAGGAUGCAUUAUCAGCUUCCCCUUCACUCUGACCUAAAAGUGAGGACUCAGUGUGGAGUAAAGCCAUGCCAGUAAUUCACACACGAGGUAUCCUUUUUGCCAGCUGGUCUUGGUUCAUCUGGGAAAGAGGUGGUGAUGUUGCAGUUAGUU